CGAGGCGGCUGAAUCCCUAACUCAUGCAGUUGAUCUUCUUGCAUGCCAAGACCCAAGAACUGCAGCUUUUCAACCUCUGCCAAGAUGGAGAGUAUAACACCUCGGUUGAAGUUGCUGAAGAAGCGGCGCUCCAGCCUCUUUGUUACGAUCAAACGGGAAAUGAGCUUUUCGCAAAGCAUUGAGGAGAAGGAAGCUGAAUUCCCGUUUUCCCAGGACAGUUCUAUAAAGCUCUGGACGUCCAUGGACAACUUGGACAAUCCCGAUGGACAGAAACCUCGGGGAAAAGAUGCGCCGAACCUGAGGAAAUCCAACAUAGUUAAUCUCAACGUGGGCGGAAAGGUGUUUCACAUCCCCAAACAUUUGGUCCUCAGACACCCAAAAACCAGGAUAGGAGUUCUUGCCCUGUGCCAAGAUCCCGUCAAGCGCCUGACGCUCUGUGACGACUACAGCGUUCAUAACAACGAAUUCUUUUUUGACCGAGACCCGACGUUCUUCCACUACAUCUUCCACUUUUACUGCAGCAAUGUCUUGUGGGUGAUGGACAGUCUCUGCCCCGUCAACUUUGAAGAAGAGAUGUCCUUCUGGGGCCUGAAAUUGAAGGACACUCCAAGGUGCUGCCGUAUUCUGUUCGAAGAGAAAGUGGAUGACAUAAGAGACCAACUGAAGGUCAACCAGGAGCUUAUUGACGAGAUUAAGCCUCACCAGGACGACUACGGAUACCAGACAAUGUUUCUCGGCGGCUUCCGGAAGAUUCUCUGGGACCUAAUGGAGAACCCUUACUCGUCCAUGUCCGCCAAAGCUUUUGCCGUGUUCUCCAGUCUCUUUGUGCUCAUCUCAAUCGUCUCCAUGACGUUGAACACGGUGAAGGAGCUCCGGCAGUACAAACUGGCCGGCAAAACCUACAUGGAGUGGGUGGAAGUGAGCUCCAUCCUCUUCUUCACUCUGGAGUACUUCCUGCGUUUGUUCACCACCUCUGACAUCAAACACUUCGUCAAGAGCGCCCUCAACUUUGUGGACGUGGUGGCCGUCAUGCCCUAUUUCAUCCAGAUUAUGUUCGAGACCUUCGUCAUCGAUUCGGAGGACCUCAGCGCGCAGGAGGAUUUGAAGGCCAUGGCCAGGGUCAGCAAAGUCAGCAAGGUGCUCAAAGUCGUCAAGCUCAUGCGCAUCUUCCGUAUCCUCAAGCUGGCUCGUCACUCCACAGGCAUGAGGGCCUUCGGCUUCACCAUUCGCCAAUGUUCGGAGCAGGUGUGUUGUCUGUUUCUCUUCAUCGCCAUGGGCAUCUUCACCUUCUCAGCUCUCAUGCAUUCCGUAGAGGUGGACCAGCCUGGGACGCCAUUCAGCAGCAUCCCGGAUGCCUGGUGGUGGGCCGCGGUGAGCAUCUCCACCGUGGGCUACGGAGACGUGGUCCCCAUCUCCUAUCUGGGCCGCUGCGUGGCCUUUGGCUGCAUCUCCUUCGGCAUAAUCCUCAACGGCAUGCCCAUCUCCAUUCUUUUCAACAAGUUCUCCGACUACUACGCCAAGCUGAAGGAGCAAGAAUACACCUUUUCCAACACCGAGCGCGCCUUCCAUCUGCAGAAGCGCCUGCGGAACAAGUGCGACAACUGCUUCACGCCGCAGCCGGAGGACUCGGACGACGAGAUCCACUAUCGGCCCAGCGGAAGGCAAACACUCUCAGCAGAGGAGGAGGGGGAGGAGGAGGAGUGAAAAAGAACGAGGAGGAAGGGAGGCGACCAUAUUGGAACCUUGCUAACCUGAAAUGGCCUUAUCCCACUUGGUGCAGGGCUCAAAUUUUACCGCGGCAAAUACGGCACGUGACGCGACCGCCGUCGUCUUUCGCCGUAAUGCCCAAAAAAUUGACCGACAUUUGCGGCAAGACCAUGCCGUGACCGCCCUUGACUUUUUACUUGUUAAUGGACGAGGGAUGUAACAGUAAACGGUAUGAUGAUACAGUUGUGAUCAAAAUUACUCAACCCCCACACAAUUUUGGUGUUUUAGCAAGUUGAACAUUUAUUCCGUAUUUUGUUUAUAGUCAUAUCAAAUGAAGAUGCAUUAAAUAGACAAAUGCAACUUGAAUUACAACAUUAUAUUUUGUAACAUACCAAACAGUGUCAUUUCUCUUAAUAUCUCAUUGACAAAAUUAUUCAACCCCUUGGAGAUCAUAACUCUUAAGAACAGAAUUUGAAUAAGGUCUUUUCAAUCAGGUGUUGAACCAUGACGAGCAACAAUUAAACUGAUUGAAAAAGACUGUGACGCUCAGCUUCUUGUAGAUGGUCAAUGGUGUAUUUGCAACAUGGUGAAGUCCAGGGAGUGGUCAAAGAAGUCAAGAGAGGAGGUAAUUUCUCUUCAUAAGAAAGGAUAUGGAUAUAAGAAAAUAGCAAAGACAUUACACAUUCCACGAGACACAGUUGGGAGCAUAUUUCGCAAGUUUAAAGCUAAAGGCACAGUGGAAACACUACCUGGGCGUGGUAGAAAGAGGAUGCUGUGUGUGUAUGGUGGUGAAAACCCCCCAGGUAACAGCUGAGGAACUACAACAGGACAUUGCAGAGGGGGGAACGCAGGUUUCGUCCCAGACAAUAAGGCGCGCACUACCAGAUGAAGGCCUCCAUGCCAGAACUCCCAGGCGCACCCCACUUCUGACUACCAGGCACAAGAAAAAGACUCCAGUAUGCCAAAAAUCAUCCGGACAAACCCCAAAGGUUUUGGGAAACUGUUCUAUGGAGUGAUGAGACAAAACUGGAACUCUUUGGGCCUAUGAAUCAACGUUAUGUCUGAAGGAGAAAAAAUGAAGCUUACAAAGAGAAGAACACCUUUCCUACUGUUAAGCAUGGUGGAGGGUCAAUCAUGCUCUGGGGCUGUUUCUCUGCCUCAGGUACCGGGAAUCUCCAGCGCGUUCAAGGCAUUAUGAAUUCUAUUUCCUAGCAGGAUAUAUCAGCUGCAAAUGUCAUGAAGUCAGUGAUGAAGCUGAGGCUUGGGAGACGUUGGACCUUCCAACAGGACAAGGAUCCCAAGCAUACCUCCAAAUCAACAUAAGAGUGGUUGCAGAAGAGGGGCUGGAAGACUCUGGAGUGGCCUUCACAGUCGCCAGACCUAAAUCCUGUAGAAAAGCUGUGGUGGGACUUGAAGAAGGCAGUUGCAGCACGCAAGCCCAAGAAUAUGAAUGAACUGGAGGCCUUUGCCCAAGAGGAAUGGGCUAAAAUACCUGUAGAUCCUUGCAAGAAGCUUAUGUAUCACAUUUGAAGGAUAUCAUUACUGCCAAAGGGUGUUCUACUAAGUACUAAAGAUGCAUGUAACUAGGGGGUUGAAUCAUUUUGUCAAUGAGAUAUUAAGAAAACUGUCCUUUUCUGGUAUUUUGUAAAAUACAGUGUUACAAUUUAAAUUGCAUUUGUCUAUUUGACACAUCUUUAUUUGAUAUGACUAUAAACAAAAUACGGAAUAAAUGUCCAACUUGCUAAAACACCAAAAUUGGGAGGUGAUUGAAUCAUUUUGAUCACAACUGUAAUUUGCGAUAGUUAGUAAUACUGUUUAAUUACCAAAAAAAUUCAUUCUUUAAUGCAUUUUGGGCAACAUGAAGUCAGACACAAGUGCACUGGCAAUGUUUGGCUUAAUAAUCAUGGCGGACUAACUACACAGACUUUGCUGCGGAGAUUUCCCCCUUGGAGUAAAAAGAGCUAAGCGCUUGUUUUAACGUCAUUUUCCCUCGCUUCCCGCCGUGUGUUUGAGAGCACACUGCUGUGUUUAGAUGGAGACAGGUGUGGACAAUAUUGGAGACAUUUGUCCCCACACUUAAAGUAUACAGCAAAGGAGAAAACUAUUUAGUGUUUUGCAGCAGGCGAUGUGUUGUGAACGUUGUCACAACUUGUUUAUAGUCUUUACUUUUUUUACUGGGAUGUUCACUCCUUCUUUAUAAACUGCCAACUGUAAUCAGUGUUCAAAUAACAUCAAUACUGGCUAAAAUGUUUUGUAAUCUCAUCGAACUGAACAAAGACUGUGAAGAUUGUUUAUUCGAUGUGAGAGGGAUCACUCUGGGUUUUUUUUUUUGUUGGCCAAGCUGGGGAGGCGUGGAGAAGAACAAAGCUUGUUUACUAGAUUUCAUUAGCCAU